AUGCCAGUCACCGAGCUUGCACUUCUCCGACUCCGCCCAGGAAUAGAAUGGCCGUUAGCAGCAUUGAAUGCAAAUCUGCGGAAAGCCAAAAAAGUUAUGGAAUCAGCCAGCGGCUUAAAAUUUCGCUACUUUCGGUGCAUUGAAGAUCCAGCCACGAUAUUCAUCUUUGGAGAAUGGCCAUCUGUGGAAUUCCAUAUGACCACCUUCAUUCCGAGUCAAGAAAACCAGGAGUUACUUGAACUGCUGAAAGACCAGGUCACUGUUGAAUGGAUGUUUCACCUGGACAUCGAUCAGAGUCAUCGUCCCCUUCCGUGGCACACAAGUGUUAUUGCAGUUGGCCGGCAUUUCGUCGCUGAUGGCGAGAAAGAGAGCUUCGAAGCAACAUUCGAAGCGAAUAAACAUAACCUGGAAGCAUUCAUUGGAGGCUCUGACCGGGUAGUCGGAGGCUGGAGAAUAGACAAGGGGGUUGAUCCCUUGCUAGAAGGAGAGCUCAAGAGCGAAUACGUCCUCAUAUCGGGCUGGAGCAGCGUGGAGCAGCACUAUCAAUUUGCAGAAACGGAAGGAUUCCAGAAGUAUGGUCAGAUCAGGAACCAUCUUGCUGGGGUAGAGAUCAAGCACGCUGUACGGGUCGAUUUGGAAAAUGAGGCGCAGGCUGGCGCGGCCUCCAUCGAUGAAUAA